CGCUCGGAUCCGGUAAGAUGGCAGCGCACUGAGGGGAACGUGGGGGAUCCCGUCCCGCCGCUGCCCCCUGGUCCCCGGUGCCCUUCCCCAGGAAGUUCUCACCGUGCGUUCUCCCCUCAGAGACUCGGAAAUGUCGCUCCGCGCCGUGCUCAGGGCUGCCGCCUCGCUGCCCCGCUGCAGUCCGGGGCUGCUCCUCCCGUCGCCGCCGCCCCCUCCUCCAACCGCCGCCAUGGCUACGCUGAACCAGAUGCACCGUCAGGGCCGGCCUGCGCCCCCUCCCCGCAAACCGGGGCCCACGCUGGGCCGUCCCCAGAUCAAGGGGGUGGUGCUGAAGAACCUGAUCCGAAAGCCCAAGAAGCCGAACUCGGCGAACCGCCGGUGCGUGCGCGUGCGGCUCAGCACCGGCCGCGAGGUCAUCGCCUUCGUGCCCGGCGAGGGCCACAACCUGCAGGAGCAUCACAUCGUGCUGGUGCAGGGUGGGCGCACCCAGGACCUUCCCGGCAUCAAACUCACCGUGGUGCGCGGAAAGUACGACUGCGCCCACGUGCAGGCGAAGAAAUGAGGGGGGAUCUUGGGAUGGGGGUCCUGGGAACGUGCCCAGCCUAGGAUGAGGGUCCCUAGGCGGGGACGCGCUGGGCCUGGGUGUUGUUUGGAUUAAAAGCUGGCGGUGA